GUGCCCCCUGCUGCCACCGCGGGGCGGCGGAGGAGAGCCCGCCCGCAGAGCGGCGGCGGCGGAGGCGCCUGGCGAGGCGGGACACGGUGCGCAGGGCCGCCAUGCGGCGGCCGCGGCCGUCUUUCUGCCUGCGGGAAGACACGGCAGAGGGGCCUGACGAUAACUUCUCCUUGAUGUGCAAACGGGUGAGCGCCAUCUUCGACAAUGCGCGCGAUGAUUCCAGCGACGACGAGAGCGAGGCAGCGGCAGGUAACUGUCAUCUGGAGUCGGGCGGUGCCUGGAAGUGCUUUCAUGGCGUUGUCCGCGACCUCGUGCCAGAGCGGGAUACAGAAGCUUCCGGCAGUGCAUCCAGCGAUUCCUUGACUUUCGCUGAUACCACAGAGGCGAAGUCCGACGAGGGGGACGACGAGUGCAGUGGAGGCGCCGCAGAUGCUAAGUCGGCGAAUUCCAACCGGAACAACGAUCAUUGCAGUGGGCAGGAUUUUGCCGAGCACGCCGUCGCGCCACGCGUGGAGGAUAGCACGUCUCGCAUGCUGUGCAGCAUGCGCACAGUCUUCGAUCGGGAGCGCCAUAGUUCCAGCGAGGAUGAGAUGGCAGCUUAA